CCAGCGUUGUUUUCUUCAUCCACUGAGCUUGAACCCGAGCCUUGUUUAAAGGACAUCGAGUUCCUCGCCGCUCGAUCCGCCGGAUGUCUGUAUAAAAAUUGAUACUUGCUGUCUGUGGUUUUGGUGGCUCCACAGUGAAGGGAUAUGAAGUUUAUGAAGAUUGGAUCAAAGCCGGAUACGUUUCGGAGCAAUGGCAAGAAUGUAAGAUAUGUAGCUAGCGAGCUAGCAACCGACGUCGUUAUCGUUGUUGGGGAUGUUGAGUUUUAUUUACAUAAGUUUCCUCUUCUGUCAAAAAGUGCCAGCUUACAAAAGCUGAUUGCAAAUGACGAAAACGGUGAUGAAAUUCAGAUUUCCGACAUCCCCGGAGGUUCGGUAGCCUUCGAGAUAUGUGUCAAAUUUUGUUACGGGAUUGCCAUCACCCUUAAUGCUUACAACGUUAUCGCCGCUCGUUGUGCAGCCGAGUACUUGGGAAUGCAUGAGACCACUGAAAAAGGGAACCUAGUAUACAAGAUCGAUGCCUUCCUCAACUCCAGCAUCUUCCGCAGCUGGAAGGAUUCAAUCAUCGUUCUUCAAACCACAAAAUCAGUGUUACCAUUACCCGAAGAAUCGGUGCUGGUCGGUCUUUGCAUUGAUGCUAUAGCUGCCAAGGCUUGCUCCGAUGUAUCCAAGGUUAAUUGGUCCUACUCUUAUAACCAGAGGAGGCUCUCGGAUGACAGCAGUAACGGUAUCAGAAGUCGACCUGUGCCGAAAGACUGGUGGAUCGAAGAUUUGUGUAAACUCGAAAUCGAUUUGUAUAAGCGUAUUAUGAUGAAGAUUAAAACCAAAGGUAUACUGUCACAUGUAGUGAUUGGAGAAGCAUUGAAAGCUUAUUCAUACAUAAGAUUGCCAGGUUUUAGUGAGGGUGUUAUCUAUUCGAGGGAUGCAGCGAAGUAUCGAUCGACGGUCGAUACAAUCAUUUGGUUGUUGCCUGCAGAGAGAGGAAGUGUACCAUGCAGCUUCUUGCUGAAGUUGUUGAAAGUAGCCAUCAUCGUUGAUUCAGGAGAGAUGACUACCGAACUGCUGGUCUGCCGAAUCAGACAGCAACUGAAGGAGGUUUCCCUAAACGAUAUUUUGAUGCAAACACCAGAAGGGGAAGUAACGUAUGAUGUUGAUGUAGUACAGAAAAUAGUACAGGAGUUUCUGAUGCAAGAUCAGAAUUCCGAAUUCGAGUCGGAAGAGAACGAGAUCCUGGAAAUUGAAAGACCUGGAAUUUUGACAGAUGAUUCCAAGCUGAUGGUGGCAAAAUUGAUAGAUGCAUACCUUGCUGAAAUUGCCAAGGAUCCCAGAUUAACAUUGUCCAAGUUCAUAGACCUUGCUGAAAUGGUGUCUGGCAUCUCUCGGACGAAUCAUGAUCGGCUUUACCGAGCCAUUGACGUGUAUCUUAAGGAGCACCCAGUGUUGAGCAAAAGUGAGAGAACAAGUAUAUGCAAGUUAAUGGACUACAAUAAACUAUCAGUGGAUGCACGUAUGCAUGCGGUUCAAAACGAGAGGCUCCCGUCGCGUGUAGUUAUGCAGGUUGUGUUAUUCGAUCAGGUCCGGGCUGCUGCUUCAUUGGGUGGUAACACUCGCAAAGACCAGAAUGGUCUAAAGAAGGGGUCUCAUGGGAGCACAAGGGCAGCAGCAACCAACCCUGAGGAAGACCGGGAUGCACCGGCAACAUCCGAUGAGAUCAAUGGUGCCUUAACGUUUGGAAACGGUGCCAUUAGUAAAGUGAAAAGCUUGCUGAAGUCGGCGCGGAUGUUUAAAAAGGUCUGGUCAAGCAAAGGAAGCCAAUAUUGUCAAAUUAGUUGUUGA